UGAGACCCAUAUUCCUUGUUGAUUUGACGACCUCUCUUCCCUCUUGAAAGUCAGCAUCAGACAUCCGGUCCAGGCUGUAGAGCUAAAUGCCAUCCAACUUUUGUAAUCAUGGUGAAAUUGAAUAUAUAUUCCUAACAAUAAGCUACCGCUAUGAAGCCCAAACCAUGGCUGAAUGGCAACGUUUGGGCUCGGAAUAAUCCGUUCAAACAUCGCCUUCUAUCAACGUCGCGCGUCCGCUUUCAACCCGAACCAUCGAGAGCUCCAAAUACCCGAAUUGCUAGAAUUGCGGAUCGCCUACCACCGCGACUCCGACGAUACGUCUCCCCGCUGCUCAACGCCCCCGUAUCGCACGUCACGUCGUUCCUCAUCCUGCACGAGCUGACCGCCAUUCUUCCACUCAUUGGACUUACUUCUGCGUUCCAUUACCUAGGAUGGAUACCGGAAGUGUCGGGGCCGAUGGCCGAGUGGGUUAAUCAAGGCACGGAGCGGUUUCGGAAGUAUUUUGCGAGGAAGGGGUGGUUUGGAUUGGGUGGGGAGGGCUAUUCGGAGGUGGAUUUGUCUAAUGGGACUACGGACGAGGCGGAGUUGUCGAAGGGGUAUGGAGGGAAGGUUGUCCUAGAGGUGGCUACGGCGUAUGCGAUUACGAAAGUCCUGUUACCAGCGCGGUUGGCUCUGAGCGUAUCGGCAACACCAUGGUUUGCACGUCUGUUUGUGCUGCCUAUAAUUCAAAUCUUCAAGCGGUAACAGAAAAUGUGGAACAGUCGUCACUUCAAAGAGAUGGCCAAUUUAUACACAUACUUAACCUAUAACAUAGAUAGCCCACCGCUAAUCUUGGCCAGUCCGCCGUUCU